GUCUUAUGAUUUUUUGUACAUUGCAUAAUAUAGUAGUUUUUGUUUUAUUAUAAUGGCACCUGUGUCCUUGCCUCCUGGUUUCAGGUUUCAUCCUAGUGAUGAAGAACUGUUGAGUUAUUAUUUGAAGAGGAAAAUACAUGGACGUAAGAUAGAGCUGGACAUAAUACCUGAGGUUGAUUUGUACAAGUCUGAGCCUUGGGAUCUACCAAAUAAGUCUUUCUUGCCUAAUAGAGAUCUAGAAUGGUAUUUUUUCAGUCCACGAGAUAGAAAAUAUCCCAAUGGUUCACGCACAAACAGAGCCACUGAAGUUGGUUACUGGAAAGCUACUGGUAAGGACCGUAAAAUUAACUCUCACUCGGUUGUGCUGGGACUGAAGAAGACCCUAGUCUUCUACACAGGCCGUGCUCCACAAGGGAAAAGAACAGAUUGGGUGAUGCAUGAAUAUCGUCUAGAUGAGAUGCAGUGUGAAGGUGCAGCUGGUUUGCAGGAUGCCUUUGUAUUAUGCCGAGUUUUCAAGAAAAGUGCAAUAGAGCAAAAGAAUGCAGAACAGCAAGGGGCGGAAAUAGAAAAGACUGUUUUAUCUUCUUCAAUGAAUAACUCCUUUUCUGAUAAAAUGGCCUCAUUUGAUGAUGUCCAACGCUGGGCAGUAAACAGAUCCUCACACGUCAGGGAAGAGAAGGGUGACAUACAAGACAAUUUGGCAUUUCCCUCAGAGACUCUAAAUGAUAGGAUGGAUUGUCACGAUGCUCUCAAUUGGAUUCUGGAGUCUGAGUGGGAUGAUACAAAUCAAAAUUGCAAUUUCCGAUUCCCUACCAAUUUCGAAAAUGAUCUAAUGGUCAAUUCUACUUCACAGGGAGCAAGAAUUCAGCAGGACUCUGCAAACCCAUUAUUAAAAACAGAGGAUUUUACAGGGUGUCUAGGUGUUGUAGACUUGAAUGGAUCUUCAGUUCCAGUAACUAAGAAAGCAAACGAUCCCCAUGAAGAAUCAGAUAUUAUAGAAGAAAUUUUGAAAGAUGCAGGGGCAUCUCCGGUUUGUGAUAUUUAUCUUGAGCAUUCUUUGUCCUUAGAUGGUUCUGCUGGUUAUUCAAUCAGAGAAUCUCUGCUUGACAAUUAUGUGACAUGUAUGGGGAACAACUGUGAACAGUUUAUAGUGGAGGAACUGGAAGGGGUACUUCGUGAAGAAGCUGAAUUUGAGGAGUGUCCUCAAACUUCACUAUGGUACAAAUGCCAAGAAAUUUUGCCAAGUCAUAUUCAAACAGAUCUCGGAGACACUGGGUCAGCAGUUUUGCAAAGGGAGAUGGUCAAUUUCUGUGGAAUGCAGUACAAAUACUCACAACCAUUUACAAGCUCAAUUGACUAUUCUCAGAUGGAUGGCUUCUUCAGUAUAACAGAGCUAAGCUUGUGAACAGAGCAACUGGCCUAGGUAACAGAAGGGUCUUUUAUUGUGGUUGGACAACUGCGAGAUCAAACAUCACAACAUGUAAAAUAUCAAUUAGGAUGUAAAUAUGCCCAUCCAUGUCUUGCAUUGUAUUUUUACAAACCUUGCAAGACAAACAGGUGCACUGAAAUUCUUCAAGAGUAUAGCCAGGCAAAUAGAAGUAGCAACAUUAGCCUUUUUUCACUUCAAUGUAGAUUAACACAGUCAUCCCAUGCAUAUUAUUUUUAAGCAUGCAUGGGAUUGGAAACAAGAAAGAUUCAAGAUACUUUAGAUGCUGCAGAUUUUUGUUUCUUCUCGGUAUGGAAACAAGGAAGGUUCAAGAUGCAAAAGAUGCUGCAGAAUUUUGUUUGUUCUAAGUUUUGUGGGUGUUCCUCAGAUUGGUUCAAAUCCAUCUGAAAAGGCAUUAGAGGGCUGUUUUCCAAGAAUUGGUUCUCUAUGGAAUUAAUGUAGGAGGAAAUCUUACCAGCCUCAAUGGUUUGUAAGUUGCAGCCUGUUGGCUGUCAUGAUUCAAUUCCUCCAUUAGUGUGCUGUAACUGCUAUCUUAAUUUUUAGAGGAGAGAUUGAGCUGGAUGAAUCUGGCAUUCAUCUAUAUUAGUGACCCAGGAGAAGAUGAUAGAGAAAUUUUCUCAAGGUGGUGCAAAUCAAUUCGUUGAUGAUCACUGUGAAUAAUUUCCACAGGCCUUUUGGUAAAGUCUAUGCAUGGAAGUAAGUUGUCUCCAACAGGGUUUACAGGCAAUCUGCAAAUGUUUAAAUCUUAAAAGGCAUACUUAUGUUUUGUUUGUUGCUUUCAGUUUGGUGUACAAGGGACUAGAAUAAAUACAGCCAAAUACAAGGCUGAGCAAAUUGUCACCUUCAUUUAUAGAGGUGUCUAUUGGGUUUGGGGAGUCUUUGAAAGCUGCGUGCAUGCAUUCUAGGAGAAUAAUGGAUUCAAUUACAGUUUGAUAUAUAUAUGUGUAGCUGAAUCAUGAUAGUAUGUUAUAACUAUUCAUGAUUCAGAGAAUAUAUAUGUAGCCUUUGGGCAUAUUAAUUAGGUUGAUAUUUGAGUCAAUAAAGACGGUUGCUUUGGGGUUUGGAUUUUGCACUGUAAUGUAUAGAUGCAUUCAUUACAUGGGUUCUAUCUUAUGUAAGUUGCCUUUAGGGAAUGCA